CAUAACCCCCACAGUGAAGUCAAGGAUAGUUUUGCCCUGACUGCCUCACCACAUGGAGACUCUGUGGAGAGUAGCGGUAGACCUGGAGUUCCUACAAAUUCUGAACCCAAUACAGCAGAUAAUCUCUUACUGUUUGAUUCUGAAAACAAGUCAGUUGAAGGAGAAAGAAAUUUGAGAUAUCCUAAUAGGCAAAACAGAACUUCUGAGUCAGAACGAUCCUCCAAAGCAAAUACCAACCAGAAUACCAAAGAAACAGAAGAUUCUGCCAUCUUUCGCCCGUAUGCUCGAAGGAACAGAUCAAAGAUUAAUCGGGAUCCAUCACGGUCAAGCUCUACGGAUUUAGUUCAGAAUCGUGGUGGUCUUGCAACGUCUAUAUCUAUUCGCAGAGGAUCAGUGGAAGGAAAGGGUUGCAUUCCCGAAGCAGCGAAUCAAAAGGAUAGGCAUACAACUUCCGUAUCUUGUCCAAUAUUUGCAAAUUCAAAUGGUAAUAUCGUUCCAAAAAAUAUAGUUCCCAGCAAUUCGCUGAAUACUAAGGUGGAUGGUGAACCUGUUGUACGAGAGAGUACUGCUGGAUCUAAGACUAGCCUAUUGAAAGAUGAAGCCGACAUUACAUAUAGAAAAAGCUCUGCAUAUUUGUCAGUUGGAGAGUCUGGCCUUGCU